AUAACUCCAUCUCCAUCUUCAACCCUCGACGACCUACACCUACUACCAUCGGACAAACGAGGCCUCAACAUCCUCAACCUUUCACUCCUUCAGAUCCGAACUUACCUCGUCGCUAUCGUCGCAUCCGUCCUCCGUAGCGGCUUCUGCUACUUCAACCUUUCGCAACCAUGUCGAGUAAUCGCAACUAUGAUUUCCUGAUUAAGCUGCUCCUGAUAGGCGACUCCGGCGUCGGCAAGUCGUGCUGUCUGCUACGGUUCAGCGAAGACUCCUUCACCCCUUCAUUCAUCACCACCAUCGGUAUCGACUUCAAGAUCAGGACCAUUGAGCUCGAUGGAAAGCGCGUCAAGCUGCAGAUCUGGGAUACCGCUGGCCAGGAGCGUUUCCGCACUAUCACCACCGCUUAUUACCGCGGUGCCAUGGGCAUCCUCCUUGUCUACGACGUCACCGACGAGCGCUCAUUCAACAAUAUCCGAACCUGGUUCCAAAACGUCGAGCAGCACGCUACCGAGGGUGUUAACAAGAUUCUAAUCGGCAACAAGUGCGACUGGGAGGAGAAGCGCGUCGUUUCCACCGAGCAAGGCCAAGCCCUCGCCGACGAGCUGGGCAUCCCUUUCCUCGAGGUCUCCGCCAAGAGCAACAUCAACAUCGACAAGGCUUUCUACAGCCUAGCCGCGGAUAUCAAGAAGCGACUCAUCGACAACUCCAAGAACGACCAACCUGCAGCGAGCGGCGUCAACGUCAACGAUAAGAGCGAGAGCGGCGGCAGCAAGUGCUGUUAAACACUGAAUACCCCAAAGGCGUCCGUUAUCUGUCAUUUCUCCGUUUGCCGUCUUUUUAUUUUAUCAAGCUUAUAACUUUGUAAACCUGGGGAAGAGGACGUGCCUUGUAUGCGUCAAGGCACCAGAGAGAGGGGGAGAAAGCGGCUUGGAGAGUUCACCAUGGGUGUAGAAAGCCGACCUACUUUGCGUGCGUUUGGGGAGAGAUGCGAGGGAAAGGAAAGAGAGAAAUGGAUGGCUGGGAAUUGAGCAGAACGGCAAACAUCAGUCACAUUCAAGGAGAGGCGCGACAUAGCGAGGGGGGUUUUUGGUCAUGUCUCGUUCCCUCUGAUCGACCUUCCACCCCAUCUUAGAGAGCAAAUCCGGUCUGGAGUUUCGGUUUUUUGAUCUGGGUCUAAUAUACAUUGCUUUCGUUACGUGUCUGGUUGCGGUUCGCGGUUAAUGUUGUUCCUUGGUCUGUGUUCGUUUGCAAAACGAUUACAGUAGAGCAGAGACAAA